GGUUGCAUUGAUGUGCGAACCGACCUUCUAGUUUUGAUUUUAGGGACUUACGCAGCAGUAUUCUGCCGCAUAGCAUAGUUGUUGACGGAACUUGGAAGAGACAGUUUCCUAGCAGCGCCGCUGGGAUUAAUCUUUAAACAUGGAGACGUCUCAAGAUAUUUCGGCAGCUGCUUUAGGCUCGCCUUCUGGGUUUCGCAUGUCCAAGGCCGAGAUCAUCGGCUACGUCGUUAUCGCUUUCCUGGUGGUCUUAUGGUGUCAUAUAAAAUGGAACCGAAGACAUUUCGAAAAGUUGUCCGCCAAAUUAGGAGGUCCUCCGGCCUAUCCGAUCAUCGGUUGUGGCUUGGAGUUUGCGGGGACACCGCAACAAAUCAUGGAAAGGAUUAUUCAAUUGUAUGAAAAGUACGGUCCGGAACCUUUUGGACUGUGGUUGGGCAUGAACUUUGCCGUGACCGUAGCAAAGCCCGAAGACGUACAGAUUAUAUUGAACAGCUCCAAGGCUCUCGAAAAAGACCCGUUCUACAAGUUUUUUAUCAACACUGUCGGGGAAGGCUUGUUCUCUGCGCCAAUCGAUAAAUGGAGGAAACAUCGCAGGAUCAUCACGCCGGUGUUCAACGCCAAUUUACUUAGUCAGUUUUUCCCAGUGUUCAACGAGAAAAACACAAUUUUCGUGAGAAAUCUUAAAAAAGAACUUGGCAAAAACGAGCCAUUUGAUUUAUGGGAUUAUAUUGCGCCUACCGCUCUUGACAUCAUUUGCCAGACGGCAAUGGGUUACAACUUGGACACACAACAUAACAGCGAAUCUGAAUUCGCAGAAGCCUUAACAAAAGCUUCCGAAUUGGAUUCCAUGAGAAUUUAUAAACCGUGGUUGUAUCCCGAUUUCAUAUUCAAUAUUUACGGAAAACUGACGGGAUUGCAUGAUGUUUACAAAACGUUGCACAAACUACCGAAUCAAUUGAUCAAAGACAAAAAAAUCGAAUUCGCCGAGAAGAAAAAAAAGGCCAGCGCUAUUGAUGUGACAGACGAUGAAAAAAAAAGACUGAAGGUAUUUUUGGAUACUUUAUUGGAACUCAACGAAGCCGGCGCUAAUUUCUCUAACGAUGAGAUAAGAGACGAAGUCGUAACCAUGAUGAUCGGAGGCAGCGAAACCAGCGCUAUCACGAACUGCUUCUGUCUUUUGAUGUUGGCUAUCCACCAGGACGUCCAAGACAAGGUUUACGACGAGAUUUAUCAAGUGAUGGGCGACAGCGACCAAAUAAUUACCAUCGAAGACACUAGUAAACUUGUGUACUUGGAACAGUGCAUCAGGGAAACACUCCGGCUGUAUCCUGUCGGACCGAUCAUACUCAGGCAACUACAAGAAGACGUCAAAAUAACCAACUGCACGAUCCCCAAAGGAACGACCAUGGUUAUACCUCCGAUUGCCACUCAUCAUUUACCAGAGCUGUAUCCGAAUCCAUGGUCUUACAAUCCGGAUAAUUUCGAACCCGACAACGUGGCCAAACGGCACAAGUAUAGUUUCAUAGCGUUCAGCGGUGGACCCAGAGGGUGUAUCGGGUCUAAGUACGCUAUGCUGUCGAUGAAAGUUUUGAUUUCCACGUUCUUGCGACACUACAGCGUGCACACGGAUUGCAAAAUGUCCGACAUCAAACUCAAACUGGAUCUGUUGAUGAGAAGCGUGCACGGUUAUCCCGUGACUAUCCGGCCGAGGGACAGGAGGCCCACUUACAAACGGAAGUAGACUCCAGUCCAAGAACACAAUAUUGUUGUCUCUCUUGAUAUUAUGUAAAAAUUUGCGCGUUAUUAAAAAAAUGUUAGUGUGUUUCGAUAAAUAUGUCCGGCAAUUCGAAAACUAAGUAAUCAAACUGUUACUACAAUAUCAUUGUUGAUAAUCGGCAUUUGGUCAACUCCGUUUGACCUACAAUCGCCGAUAAAUAUAGAUAGGAUUGAUUGUAAAGAUCCUUUUACAAAAAAAAAAAAAUCACCUCCAAUAAUUAGAGUGGGGUUUUUCUUAAAAUCAUGUAUGUUACGAUACGUAUAUUUUGUUUUCUAUAGACUUAAUUUGUUCUGUGCGAGAAGUUGUUGUGUAUGUAUAAAUUUAAAUAGUAAGUAAGAAUAAAUAAUCCUGAUAGCUGUAUAGAAAUUUUUUUUUCGUUUGUACUUUUACUCAUAAAGAUAGAUAAUCGGUAUAUGUUAAAAAACAAAUUUAAUUUUUAAUAAAUUAAUUAUUUUUUAAUUG